UGUCUGCUUAGCGUAACUAUUUUGCCUGUGGUAUUCACUUCUUUGUGCGAAAGUAAUAUCAAUUUAAAGUGUUCUUCUCUACCUCAACUACUACGACAUGGCGGGUAACUUCUGGCAGAGUUCCCAUUAUCUGCAGUGGGUCCUGGAUAAACAGGACCUGAUGAAAGAGCGACAGAAGGACUUGAAAUUUCUCACAGAAGAGGAGUACUGGAAGCUGCAGAUCUUCUUUGCCAAUGUCAUCCAGGCUUUAGGGGAACACCUGAAGCUGCGGCAGCAGGUCAUUGCCACUGCAACUGUCUACUUCAAACGCUUCUAUGCCAGGUAUUCCCUGAAAAGUAUAGACCCGGUGCUCAUGGCUCCUACCUGUGUUUUCCUGGCUUCCAAAGUUGAGGAAUUUGGAGUUGUAUCUAAUACCAGGCUGAUCUCUGCAGCAACAUCUGUGUUGAAAACAAGGUUCUCCUAUGCCUUCCCAAAGGAGUUCCCUUACAGAAUGAAUCAUAUAUUAGAAUGUGAGUUCUACCUUCUGGAGUUGAUGGACUGCUGCCUGAUCGUGUACCACCCUUACAGACCACUGUUGCAGUAUGUGCAGGACAUGGGACAGGAGGACAUGCUGCUGCCUCUGGCCUGGCGAAUAGUGAAUGACACAUACAGGACAGAUCUGUGUCUGCUCUACCCUCCCUUCAUGAUUGCCCUGGCCUGUCUGCAUGUCGCCUGUGUGGUACAACAGAAAGAUGCCAGACAGUGGUUUGCGGAGCUCUCUGUUGACAUGGACAAAAUCCUGGAGAUUAUUCGUGUCAUUCUGAAGCUAUACGACCAGUGGAAAAAUUUUGACGACAGGAAGGAGAUAGCGGCUGUGCUAAACAAGAUGCCUAAGCCCAAACCUCCUCCUAACAGGUAAAUCUGAUUGAGAGCGACCAGAGCUCCAACGGGAACCAAAGCAACUCCUACAGCCAGUCUUAGUGUGGUGUCUGUUUCCAUGGGGAUCCAUAAUGUUGAUGUAGAGAAGGAUGGACCUUUUUAAAAUGUCACAGCACAAACUUUGCGAUGUCAGUCUGGAAAAUCACUUUUUCAUCUGACCAAGAUGUCCCUUCAUCUUCGACUGACACCCCCAACAAACUCAGAGACCCAUGUCUUCACUUUCCCCUUAUCCGAUCAAUAAGGGUUUAUGGAUUGAGCAAGCAGCCAUUGAUUGAAAUGCCUGCAGUGAACAGCGGGUCGGUGACAGCAGCUUUGUUGUCUCGAUGAGUCCACUCUACUCUGCUAUAGACUUGAAAUGAGCUAAAACUGAGGAACAUUGCGGGGGGAGGGGGAGAGGGAAGCCAAGAAUGUUGUAAACUGCAGUAGAGUGAUGGGAGAAGUGCAGGGGUAGAAAGUUGUCAUUGUGAUGAUCCUGACAUCCUUGAACAGCCCAGAUGAGCACAGCAGUUGAUGCAGAGCUCCGUGGGAUUCGAGCAAACUUGAUCACAAGUACUGUGUAUGCGUGUGUGUGUCUGUGUGUGUACAACAUGUGAGCAGUCAGUCUGGGUGGGUUUUCAUUCCUCAGGGACUAUAGUACAGUAGUCUACUCUGUAAAAUAAUUUGAUCCUGUGCUGUUUAAAGAGUGUAUCUGAUUGGCUAUCACCCUGUGCAACUGUGACGUGAUUGGAUGCCCCUGCCCUCUGAUGGCUCCUCUUUGAGGCAGAAAUGAGCUUUGUCCACAAGAAUUUACUGUUUUGAAUCAUGACAACUCCACCUCCUUUCUCCCAUUCCCUCUCGCACUUGUAAAUAGCCUUAUAAUUCUGUUCAUUUAUUGUAUCUUUCAUGUUUUUGCUUAAUUAAGGAAACUGAUGGAAAUCAUGAGCUAGUUUAGCUUCACUGUCAUGAUUCGUUUUGCCUGCUGCAAAGCUCAUUCUUCUUUUUUAAUGUAAUUAUUUGUUCAUUUAUUCUGCUUUCUUUGUAGAAUAAUGUCUUGUGGAAAACAGUUUUUCAAUUAUUUUUAAUUUGGGUUGUACAUUCUUAUUUUUAUUUACCUUGCCAUCUAUUUAAUCAUUGAAUUGUGGCAAUAUAUGUGUGCAUAUACCUGUAGAUGUCUCUAUAUUUUUGUGAUGUAAUGCAGUGGGAGCUGUGUGUGUGGCUGUACUCAAAAACAAGGUGCUUGAAAGCCUUACAAAAUAAAAGCUGCUGGUUACAGAGAAAA